ACCCCGAUUGAAGCCGCUGGCGGUGACGUUCUCAGCACAAGUCUGAGUCCCCUGAAACUUGGAAUAUGUGUGGAAGAUGUAGAUGCUUCUUGAAAGAUGUGCGAAAGAAGUGGACAGAGAGGACAAAAGUACUUGACAUCCAUGUUUCUUUGACCUUUGGCCUGAGCUUGCAGCAAGCGUGAAACUGCUCAGUGCUUUUCCACGUGAGAGAAACUCGCCAUGUUCUGCUGUAGCAAGGCACGGGUCGAGGAGCCCCUACGCCGCGAGGAGGUGCCACACAGAGGCAAGCCUGGCAAGCCGCAGAAGGCUCAAGACUGGGGUACCGGAGCGAGUGGUCAGCGCCUUGGGGGACAGGAAGGCGACCGGAGGCGCUUGGCACUUGAAGCCAUCGAGCGACGGGAGGUGAAGGGCAUCUUCAAGGGACGCAUCACCGAGCAGUACAGAAGGAUCGGUGAGGAUAUGCCCAUGGGUUUGAAGCUUGCAUCUCUGGAGCAGCUCAAGAAGCACCUUGCCCUAUUGAGAGAUCGAAAACCUCAGUAGACUGCGCUGAACUUAGCCACUCGUGCUAUCUCGUGCCUGUGCAGAAGUCCCAGCUCCGAGCGCAAGGUAUAUUUUGUGUACAGACAUGCUACACAUACAGAGGUUUUGAGAGCUGCAUACAGAUAGCAGCUCGAUACCUGUGGCUGCAGUUAACUGCUGUAAAGAGUUCAGAGUUUGCAGAGCUCAAAUAGCUCAGCUCAGAAAAGAGAUUGGAGAAAGCUCCGGCCUUUCAAGACCUUUCUCAUCCUUUCUCUUUGGCGUGAGCCGUACUUGUUUGACGAAUGUCCGUUUGGUGUGAGACUUCUUGAUGUGAG